GAGGGAGCAGAACGGCCGCUGUGUAGCCAGGGACAGUCACACAGGGGGACGCCUGCGCUGACUGGGUUCUACGUGAGGAUCAGCAGCAGCUGCUACAGGGAGCCGGCCGCUGUCCCCAGAAUGACCGAGCAGGAAGCAGAUGGGAAGAGGCGGAGCACCCGGCGCCCGUCUCCAGCACGUCCUCUCUCCGGCCGAUGCUCCACGUUCUCCAAUGGGGAGACAGAGGCGGCCUCUUCCCCGCUACUUCCAAUCACAGCUCACCACGACCAGGGCUGAACUUACUGGGAACUAGUUGAACUGGUGCUGGACAGUUAUUGCUGUGACUGUAUAGGAAGCAGCAGCUGGCCGUACACUGCGACACCUCGGAGCUAGCCUGCUGCUGUCACUGCUCCCUCCUGUGCCCCGGCAUGGUGUCCCCCAGCGCCUGUGCCCGCAGGCUCCUGUCCUUCUUCCCCUUCCUGCUGGUGCUGCUAGAUCUGCAGUAUGAAGGAGUAGAAUGCGGGAUAAAUGCAGAUGUUGACAAGCAUCUUGAAAUGGGGAAAAAGUUGCUAGCAGCUGGACAACUUGCAGAUGCAUUAUCUCACUUUCAUUCAGCUAUAGAUGGAGACCCAGAUAACUACCUGGCAUACUACAGAAGAGCAACAGCAUACCUGGCCAUGGGCAAAUCUAAAGCUGCAAUUCCUGAUUUAAGUCGUGUGAUUGAGCUGAAGCCAGACUUCACAUCCGCAAGAUUACAGCGAGGACAGUUAUUGUUGAAACAAGGGAAAUUGGAUGAAGCAGAGGAGGACUUUAAGAAAGUGCUUAACUCUAACCCAAGUGAUCAAGAAGAGAAAGAAGCCACCGCUCAACUGGCCAAGUCUGAUGAGAUCCAGCGCAUGAGAGCGGAGGGAGUGGCUGCCUACAAACAAAAAGAUUACACAAGUGGAGAAGGCUUCUUCAAUAUUGUUUUGGAGACAUGUAUAUGGGACGCAGAGGUUCGAGAGCUGCGGGCUGAAUGCUACAUCAAUCAAGGAGAGCCUGGAAAAGCCAUCAGUGACCUAAAAGCAGCCUCCAAACUAAAGAGUGAUAAUACAGGAGCCUUUUACAAAGUCAGCCGCAUAUACUAUGAGCUGGGAGACCACGAGAUGUCACUCAGUGAAAUCCGGGAGUGCUUAAAGCUAGAUCCAGAUCAUAAAGAGUGUUUUUCACACUACAAACAAGUGAAAAAGCUAAAUAAGCAGAUCCAAAGUGCUGAGGAGCUCAUACAGGAAGGAAGGUAUGAAGAUGCCGUCAGUAAAUAUGGAGGAGUUUUGAUAACUGAACCAAAUGUUCCUUAUUAUUCGUUACUGGUCCAGGAACGUAGAUGUCACUGUUAUUCAAAAAACCAGCAAUCUACUGAAGCCAUUAAAGAGUGCACAGAGUUUCUGGAGAAAGAAACUGAUAACGUGAAUGCUCUGAAGGACCGAGCUGAGGCUUACAUACAAGAAGAAAUGUAUGAAGAAGCUAUUCGGGAUUAUGAAACUGCGCAGCAACACAGUGACAAUGAUAAGCAGAUUAAAGAAGGCAUAGAAAAAGCACAAAGACUCAUGAAGCAGUCUCUGAAGAGGGAUUACUACAAGAUCCUGGGAGUAAAAAGGAAUGCCAAAAAGCAGGAGAUCAUAAAAGCCUAUAGAAAGCUGGCACAGCAGUGGCAUCCGGAUAACUUCCAAGACGAGGAAGAAAAAAAGCGAGCAGAGAAGAAAUUCAUCGAAAUUGCAUCUGCUAAAGAAGUCUUAACCGAUCCAGAAAAGCGGAAUCGAUUUGAUGCGGGUGAAGAUCCGUUGGACCCGGAGAGCCAGCAAGGAGGAGGAGGGGGACACUUCCACCGAGGCUGGAACCAGUGGCAAGGAUUCAACCCAUUCAGCUCAGGAGGACCAUUCAAUUUCAAAUUCCACUUCAACUAGUGCCUGAAGUGGUUCCCCCUUCUACACCUCUCUACAGAGAUAAUGACCUGUUUUGUUCCAAUGCUGUGCAGGAAGCAUCCUGGGAAAUUGGUUGGAAUGACUGCUGUGCAAGCUUCCAGUCCAGUGCAGUAAAUGCUUUCAAACAAGGACUAGUUUGGAUACGUUGAAAGGAAAACAUUUUUGUCCCGAAUGUUGGAGACAGACUUCAAUUACCAUUGCUCUAUUGUUUUUGCUCUCUGCACGAUAGUGUUUCUACGGGAAGAACCCCAAAACCAACUUUCCUCACUUUAUUAUUAUGGAACAGUUUGCAGAGAAUCUGACUGCUGCUGAGUGAGGACCUAACACAGAUACCAAAUGAUGUUGAACUAACAGUAUGCGCCAGUGCCAAGAGUUAAUGCCUAAGUUGUUCACAAAACAAAUAUCAACAUAAAUUAAAUAUUUUCAAAAAUU